AUGCCACAUUUCUCCACUUUCUCGUUCUUUUUUUCAUUCUUUCUUUUUUCCACUUUUCUCUUUUACUUUCUUCCUUUCCACCGCCCCCAACCAAUAAAAAAUAAAUACGAGGGAGAAUCCUUUUUGGUUCAUUCUCUUCAUUCUUUUUCCUUCUUUAUUUCUUUUCUUCUUUCUUUCGUUUUUCUUUUUUUAUUUCUCUUUCUCUCUCUUCUCUCUUCUCUCUCUCUUUCUCUCUCUCUCUCUCUCUCUUUUUCUUUCUUUCUUUUUUCUUCCUCUUCUUUUCUCUCUUUCUUUUGGUAUUUAUUUAUUUACUAUCCAUCUUCCUCUCCUCCUCGAUUUCCAUUCAUUGACGACCUUUUCUUUCUUCAGUGUUGCUUUUCUCAUCUAAUCAUAUAUAUAUUUUUUUAUCUUUCUUCUUCUCUCGCCUCCAUCUUAACACAAUCCAAUCUGUCUCUUAAUCACCAUUUCAACAUCUUUUCUUCUUUCCUCGCGGCAGACCCACACAACGUUUUCUCUUUUUUUUCUUUUUUGGUGAUGGUGGGAGGUCUUUCUUUUUCUAUCUUCUUUUUCUAUCUUCUUUUUCUUUUUUUGAACCGUCUUUCUUUUUCUCUUGAACUUCUUUUUGCUGAUCAUUUUUUCUUCUUUGCUUUGGACCUCAUUUUCACUCUUUUUUUUCUGCCUCAUUUUCGUUCUUUCUCUUCGACUUCCUUUCUUUUUCUUUUUCUUUGGAAGUAUACUUUUUUAUGCUUUUAUUUUAUUUCAUUUUUGUUUCUUUCUUUUCUCUUCGGCCUCUUUCUUUCUUCAACUCAUUUAUUCUUUUGUUUCAUAUUUGUUCUUUCUUUUCUUUUUAUUUCAACUUUCUUAUUCUUUUUAUUUGACUUCAUUGUUUAUUUUUCUCUUCUUCGAUAUUUUUCUUUUCUUUUAAAACAUUUUAUUCGUUUUUCUUUCUACUACAUUGUUCGCUUAUUUUGCUUCGACCUCUUUUUAAUUGAACUUACUUCUUUACUGUUCUUUCUUUAUUUUCUUCUUUGGCAUUCGUUUUUGGAUUUCUUUUUCUUCAUCAUUUUUCUUUCUUUUUGUUGGACAUUUUUUCAUUCAUUUUUCUUUAGACGUCUAAUCUGCUCUUUUUCUUUGUCAUUCUUUUUAGUUCAUGCCUUUUCUUUUACUUUGGAUCUUUUUUCUUAUUCUUCUUGGAUACCACUUUUGUUUUUCAUUCUAUUCGAUUUCUUUUUUGUUCUUCCUCGCUUCGUCCAUUUUCUUUUUUUGAUUUUUUUUAUUCACAUUUUUCCGUCUUACCCUUUUUCUUUAUCUUCUUCAAGUCACCCCCACCUUUCGGCAUUUUCCUUUUCAAAUUUCCUACUUUUCCUCUCUUUGUUUUUAUUCUUCAUUCCUUUCUUCUAUUUCCUAUUUUGUAACUUGUCCCAUUCCUUCCUGUUCGUUGGCUUCUUCAUUCUUUCAUUUUCCUCGUUUAGAAACUUCAAUCUAUCUAUCUAUCUAUCUAUCUAUCUAUCUAUCUAUCUAUCUAUCUAUCUUUGCUUCUUCUUCUUUCAUCUAUUUCUUUCUCAUUUUGUUCUUUCUUCUAUCUCAAUCUCUCUCUCUCUUUCUGUCAAUCCUGUUCUUAUCUAUCUAUCUAUCUAUCUAUCUAUCUAUCCAGUUUAUUCUGAUCUAUCUAUCUAUCUAUCUAUCUAUCUAUCUAUCUAUCUAUCUAUCUAUAAUCCUCCCGUCUCAAUCCUCUGUCAUCUUCCCCCCCAUUUCUUCUUCUUCUUCUUCCUCUUCGUCGUCUUCUUCUUCUUCUUCUUCUUCUUCUUCUUCUUCUUCUUCUUCUUCGUCAUCGUCGUCGUCAUGAUAGUUUUCUUCCUUCUCUUCCUCUUCCUCCUCCUCCUUCUCCUCUUCUCUUCCGCCUCUUCUUCUUCUAUUAUUAUUAACGUUUUCAUUUUUCUUCUUUUUCUCAAUCCCGUUCCUCACCAUCUUCUAUCAAGUCCAGCUUAG